GCCAUUGCGCCUGUCAAAAUUUGACAUUAGCGCAAUGUCAUUAUUAAUUACUAUGACUUAUGGAACUAAAAAUACUGCUUCAGAUCGUUGUUCUGAGAAAAAUACAUAAAACUGAUUUUCAUGAUAUUUUUCGCUGAAAUCGAUGAACAUAGUGAAACUGAAGUUACAAAUGAUUAGAAACAACAUUGAACGACAAUUGUCCUAAUUGAUUAAGCUUUAAAUCACAUUACUACUAUUAUAGAUGUCUUCAAAUAAAGCGACAGAUAAUGAAUCCAUAGCGAGUAAGAGUGUUAAAAAAUCAAAUAGCCUUGACAGUGAAACUUCACUUAAGACUCUAAGAGAAGAGUUGUCACAGUUUAUCGACCAUGAAGGCAAUAACAUUGGUACAACCCCCAGUUACUAUCCUGGUAUAGAACGAGCGUAUUAUGACUUUGCGAUUGAAAGACACAAUCCUUAUGCAACCAAUCUUUUAGAAGCAACGUCGUAUCUUGUAAAAGGAUGCCUUGGAAUUGGGAUAUUUAGCAUGCAUGAGGCGUUCAAGUACGGGGGCAUGGUAGCGUCUGUUGUGGGCAGCGUUGCAGUUGGAUUGCUGCUAUCUUUGACUAUGAGUAUAUUAGUACGGUCGGCUCAGAAGAUGUAUCAAGUGCUCAGGGUAUCACGGCUGUCCUACGCGGAUCUCUGCGAAGCAGCUAUCGCCACGGGCCCUUACAAGAACCUCAGGAGAUUUAGCAAAACAUUUAGAUAUAUGCUUGAAUGUUUUAUUUUCUUACAAAUAACUGGAACGUGCAGUAUCUAUCAAAUAAUUAUAGCAAGCACAAUUAAAAUGGUAACGGAACAUGUAUGUCCUAACUUCAACGUCCACCUCUCAUUGAGAACAUAUAUCUUCAUCAUUACUAUUCCAUUACUGGUGAUAUGUUUGAUUAGGAAGUGGAAGUAUUUGGCGCCAAUUUCUAUUGUCGCCGACCUCUUUUUAGCUAUCUGUAUAAUAACGACUAUGUUCUAUAGUAUGUCAGAAGCUAGAAGUUUAAAACAACGACCUCCUUGGAAAAGCGUGUCUGGAACGUUCAAAUUCCUUGGCAUUUGUUUGUAUAGCAUGGACGGGUUUACUUUGGUAUUGCCCAUUGAGAAUAAUAUGAAGAGCCCCCAUCACGUACGAUUCGUCAUACAUUGUGGCAUGGCGAUAGUGUUCCUAGCUGUAACUUUAACUGGCUUCUUUGGUUAUUGGGGAUGGGGGGAGAACUGCACGAGUCCCAUCACCCUGCACUUGCCCAUGGAAACCAUCCCAAUAAUCCUGCAGUUUCUCUUGUCGGCCAUGUUGGCUGCAACCUUCGCGAUACAAUUCUGGGUGCCGUUCAGAAUAGUUUGGCGUUAUAUCGGGAAAACACACGACUAUGGCUUUGGCAAAAGAAACAGGUGGGAGAGGUUCUAUAGAGUGUUGUAUUUGCUAUUCAUUACUUGCCUGUCCAUUGUGUUUCCUAAGCCUGAAAAUUUGAUGAUUUUUCUCGGUAGCUUUUUCGUGUCAUUUAACUCGUUCAUUUUCCCAAGUUUGAUUGAGACAUUGGUCGUGUGGAGACAGUACCGACAAGGACAGAUUAGAUGGGCCGUUGUGAAAGACUGUGGUGUUUGCGCCGUGGGUCUAGCUUUUUGCAUCGGUGGAAUGUACUCUCUAUACAUCUGAAAAAUUACCUUUACCAUAGUACCUUUAUACCCGGAAAUAACUGUUCACGCGAGUGAUAUACGCUGGUGAACCGCGGGCAAAUGCUAGUCAAUCAAUAAAUGUAGAACGGGGUUCUUUGUCGAUGGAAUAUUUCAUUCUACUCUGUUACCUGCCAUAGAUUUUACCUCCCUGUACGACACGAGUUUUACCUUGUCUUUUAUUUCAUCUAAGAAUGAUAUUCUUGGCAUUCCUUUCCUUUCCCAUUUAAAACUUCAUUUUUUCUUUCAUAAAUCGUCGAUUCGUGUAACGUGGCCAAAACAAAAUCAAAUCCAAAUCUUACUCUGAAUCUCAAUUAUUUUGAGUAAUGUUCUUUUCUCUUUUCAUGUCUCGUAUAGAAAUUAAAAUCAGUGUAAUACCAUACAUUUGGACUAUUAAAUUCUCAAUCUAUGGUGUAAAUAGUUUUG